AUGCGCAGUAGGCGUGGCCUUAUGAUCGACCCGUUCAGCGACGAUAACCCGUUCGAAUCGAGCUCAAAAAGCCAAACGCAAGCAAAAUCGGCGCCGCCCCCUCGACCCGAACCACCCAAAACAAAACAGACAUUCACUCAGAACGUCGACCCGUUCUCGCAAGUAGAUCCGUUUCAAUCAAAUCAAGACGCAAGUAAUACGCCGAAUCAAUUCGCCAACUUUGCUAAUUUUGAUGCGUUUCCAUCGUAA